UACAAUAUUUUGUACUUAUCAUUACCCAAAUUGACACCAGUCUAUUCUAUAAUCACAAGCAAGAUUGUGGCAAUCGAUUGUUUAUUGGCGAACAAUUCAUUAACCAUAUCAAUCGUCGCGGCAGUACAAACACCUCAAUCGUGCAUCAAAUUUACCUGCCCACCUGCCCACCUACCCAUUACCUUCUUUUUUUCCCACAUACCGACCUACCACCGAAUCAACCAACCUACGCAAAUAUGGCGAACUUUCUCGCUUCCAUCUUCGGUACAGAGCAGGACAAAGUCAAUUGCUCAUUCUACUACAAGAUCGGCGCUUGCCGACACGGCGACCGAUGCAGUCGAAAGCAUGUGAAGCCAUCCUAUUCGCAAACCAUCCUCCUGCCGUCCAUGUACCAGAACCCGACGCACGACGCGCGCGCACGACUCACCCCCGAGCAGUGCGCUAACCAUUUCGACGCCUUCUACGAAGACUUAUGGUGCGAGCUAUGCAAGUACGGCGAGUUGGAGGAACUGGUUGUGUGCGACAACACAAAUGAUCACUUAGUGGGCAAUGUGUACGCCCGCUUCAAAUACGAAGAUGCAGCACAGGCAGCAUGUGAUGCACUCAAUUCGCGAUGGUAUGCUGGCCGGCCAGUCUACUGCGAGCUAAGCCCCGUCACCGACUUCCGCGAGGCCUGUUGCCGCCUCAAUUCAGGCGAGGGCUGCGUCCGUGGUGGCUUCUGCAAUUUCAUCCACCGCAAGAACCCAUCCCCCGAGCUCGAACGAGAACUCACACUCAGCACUAAGAAGUGGCUCAAGAUGCGUGGCCGCGACGACAAGAGCGUGAGUCGCAGCCCAAGUCCCGAGCCCACGCGCAAGCGUUACUAGAACCGACGUCUUGUUGAGUGUUGUUCUCGUUGCAGUCGUUGCCAUCAUCAUUGCUGCCAUCAUCGUCAGCAUCGUAUCUCUCGUCACGGCCACUCUCACGACCAACAAUAUCGUCGAGUUGAUCGCAAGUACGGAGCCUCAUGGUCAACUCCUUAUGAUUCUGG